UUAUUUCCCCAUGUGUAUAAAUUACACAGUACGUCAACGUCCAUAUGUUUUAUAAACGUAUGAAUAAAAAAUUUAAUCAAAAAGGGCCAGACUAAAAUAGCAUCGUCGGGUUAAACUUCCGGUGAAUGGACAAUAAAUCCCAUUUGUAAUAAUAAUAAUAAUAAUAAUCCCAUUGGGGUAAUAAUAUAAGUUCGUGACAUUUUCAUCAUUCAUUUCGUUCAGUUAUUAAAAAUUAAACGGAACAUUUCGUGCCGCGAGAUGUUCUUCAAAUAGGGUUUUUUCGCUAAUUAUUUUUUAAAGCGUUGAACAAUUAUUAACCUAUCGAUCUGUGGUUUCCUAUAAAUCCUCUGAUGAAUCAAGUCGGUUACGGAAAAAAAUAAAUCCGCGCAUAUCCGCUGGAUUAGGGCGAUCCACUAACGUAUUGAUCUGUUUAGACCAAUUCUCUGAUAAGACGGCCCCCAGGGAAAUUUUAAAGCUUUUCCCAUCGAGAAAUUCUUAGAACCUUUAUUAUUUAUUCGAUCCGUAAAUAACUGAACAUAGGAUGACAUUCAACCUUAUUGACUAUCUUGUGGUGCACAAAUAUUGAUGUGAUGAAAACGGAACAAUCCCAUUUUACGUUUAUGGCGGUGCUGCGUCUGCUGAAGAUGUGAAAGCCAAAAUUAAAAACGUUCGGUUUCAAACUCCAGGAGACUGGUACGGCAAUCGGUCCUGCUGGACGUCUUUGUAAAAAUCGUUUUCCUAGUGAGGUUACAGAAAAAGAAUUGGCAGAUUUUUAGAGAAAGAGCACAAGGAUCGUACCUGAAUCACUACGUAUUCUUAGGGGUAGAUUGAGAAAGGUAGUCUCUCUCAAGAUGAAAGUACCCAGCCUAAAAAUAAUCGACAAAAUGUAUCUACAACCGUUUCGAACGAAAGCUGAAUCCUGCCGAUCCUGUAUGUGACUGCAAUGGUUUCCCAAAUAAGAUAAAGGCAAAUAAGAAAACCGUACCACACUGGUAAAUCUGAAACUCCUCUCCUUCUUGCGGAUCUGCAUCUGCAUAGACCCUCAAAAAAUAUAAAAGGUAAUCUGCGGUCUCCCCUUCUUCAUGGCAGUGCUUCUUCGGUCUGUACUCCUAUCCUACCAAGAAUAGACGGAUAUUGAAAAAGGUUCUGCCAUUGCAAAAGCAAAAACCUCUGGUAAAGCUGAAACUUUGCGUCUCUACCAAGAAAAUACAGUUAUCGUAAAAAGUUCUAUGAUUGCAUGUAAACUCCCGGUAAAGCUGAAAUUUUGCGUCUCUGUCAAGAAAAGGCAGAUGUAAGAGGUUCUGUAAAGCUAAAACUUUGCGUUUCCACCAAUAAAAAGGAAUCAUCCAAACAGGUUCUGUCACUGCAAAGCUAGAAAACGCUCGUAAAACUGAAACUGCAUCUCAGUCAAGAAAAAGCAGAUGUAGGAAAAGAUACUGAGAUUGCAGAGCUAGAAGCCCCUAGUAGAACUGAAACUGCGUUUCUACCAAGAAAACGCAUAGUUAUCGGUAAAGCUAUAAAACAAGGCAUCGGAUCUGUGACCACAAAGCUAUAAAGCACUCGUGAAUGUACACUUGCUUUGUUAGCAGCAGCCUCGCCAGGGCUCAUUUACGCUCCUCCAUGAAUACUCGGAAAACUUUCUGUGACUGCAUAAAUUGAAAAUACUGGUGCUGUGAACUGACACGAACUACUAGAACAGACACACUCAGAACCGUCCCCUGUGUGCCUAGUGAUAAACCUAAAUCGCAAAACGGCCUAAAAAAGCCUCGCGUUGAAUAAUUAAUGUCAUCUAUCUUCGUCUUGACGGAUGCAUCGAUUUUGUUCGUCCAACCGCCGGGAAAGAGUUUUUAAAUAAUUUAGGACGGCCGGAACAAUAAUAGAACCGGCUGUUAUCGACCGCCUUCAAAGAAUUACACGAUGUCGAUGAGGUGGCUUUUUUACAAGAAUACUUUAAUUAAUGAAUUUUUAAAAUGUUUAAAUUAUGAGAUUUUCCCGCAUUAAUCCGAUGAAAGUAUGUAUUAGCGUCUAUCAGCCGAAGUAGUCUGUCGAAUUCCUAGUUUUAGCACCAAUAUGACGAAUUUUGUAACCAAUCUACCAAAAUUUCUAGCAUCACGUUAAUGUCUCACAAAUCUCUACUAUCAAUCAGCCAAAAUUUUACCAUCAGCCACCCGAAUUUGUGUAUCAAUCUGAUACUUAUAGCUCACUCUGCUAAAGUUUUGGCAACAGUUUGGCGAAUUUCUAGUCUCUAUCAGCCAAAAUUUUAGCAUCAGCUUCCUUAAUUUUUGUACCAAUCUGCUACUUAUAGCUCACUCUGCUAAUGAUUUAGCACCAGUUUGGCUAAUUCCUAGUAUCAACAUGCCAUAUUUAUAAUUUAUUUAUCAAUCAGUCCAAAUUUUAGCAUCAGCUGUCGAAUUUUUUGGUCAACAGUUAAAUUGUUAACACCACACUGUUAAAGUUGUAACACAUAUCUGCCCAAUGUAUAAUUUAUAGUAUCAAACUGCCAAAAAUGUAUCAUCAGCAGAAAUGUACAACAUACUAGUUAUUUCUGCUUUAUUUAUUUUUAAAAUCAUGUAAGUGCCUGUUUUCUUUGUCACAAGAAGAAAUGGUGUCUCUCAUGGAACUUGUGUCACCUACCGUCGUAUUCACAGAGGGCGGCAAGACUUUGCGCAAAGUUGAAAACGCGCUCAUGCUCAUAUCAGCUGCACCGCUGCUUGUUGUCUCAUCAGGGAGAAGACACAGCUACCUGACAUUCCAGGCCCUCCUACAACCGACUGACCCGGAGUUUAGACCGUCUAUAUCCAACCCAGAGGACCACGUUGCCUUUGUACUAUUCACUUCUGGCACCUCGGGCCUCCCAAAGGGCGUCAUGCUGACAGAUGUGUACCUCCUUCAGAACAUGCCUCAUUUUUCGAGGAAAAUUGACAUGCAGCCGACUGCUUUGCUGACAUCGCCCGUCUUUUGGCUGAGCGGGGCUAUGAUACUUCUGGGGUCUUUGAUCGGAGGACUUAAGCUUGUCUUUCUACGAGGCCCUUCAAAGGAAGCGGUACUCCUCAGCUCUAUACAGAACUACAAGGCCAACAUAUGGUUCUCCCCGCCAACGACGCUCAAUGCACUGCUGAACUUCCCGGGAAAAGACGCGUAUGACUUAAGCAGCUUAGUCGUUCUAAGUGUUGGCGGAGCGAUCCUCAGUGCAGACAGUGCUCUUCGCAUUCAAAAGGAGUUGUUCAGGAAUAAGAUCUCCAUCCUACAAGGAUAUGGAAUGACUGAAAUGGGAGUCAUUGCGACUGGCCUCCCGGGGCUUAAUAAGCCUGGAUCAUGCGGAGUGCUCAAACCAGGAAUUAAAUGCAGGAUUGAGGAUUUGGAAACCGGUGAUUCACUCGGGCCAGGGCAGGAAGGCGAGAUCUGCCUUAAAUCACCGUUCAUGAUGAAAGGGUACAUCAACAAUCCCGAAGCUACAGCAGCCACUUUUGACGAUAAUGGAUGGUUUCAUACAGGAGACAUCGGCUACUAUGACGAGGACGGGUUUUUAUUUGUUAUUGACAGGCUGAAGGACCUGUUCUUUUACAAAUCUUAUCAGAUUGCUCCAGCUGAGAUAGAAAACGUCCUGCGAACACAUCCUGCUGUCAAAGAUGUAGCUGUAUUCGGCAUACCACACCCGAUCGAUGGUGAUCAUGCGACUGCCUUCGUCGUAGCAAACAAGGCCAUCUCGGAAACCCAGCUGCUCGAGUUUGUAGCAGAGAGGGUAUCAGAGAAGAAACAAAUCCGUGGAGGGAUCAGGUUCGUCGAAUUCAUCCCAAAAACGUCGACGGGAAAGCCGAAAAGGAAGGCACUCAGGGCACAACUUUUAGCAGAGUUGCAGGGGACGAAUUUUGUGAAACGACCUUGGAUGUCGGUGACACGGGCAAAGAAGAAAGCACCAAACAAACUACAACUCCUCCGUAGUCAAUCCACAUCGUGUUCAUAAGACACAAAACCCGAGUAUCGCCAAAUGAUUUACAUAAUGACCUGUUGAACACACUUGGCUGACACAAUAGCGAGAACAGCAAGCCAUGGCAUACAACACUUAAAACUAGACGGCGAAGGAUGGUGGACUUUCUUCCUCGCCACAAUAAAAAAUAUUUUAAAAGAAGGCGCAUAUACGAAGAGAUAUGUCCAACUUUUCCAUUCGUACCGAAACAUGAAGAAUGAGAUUUACAUUGAUUUAGGGCGAAAUAUUUACGGCAAAACUUAAUAUAUUAAGUACUUAAAUGUAAAAAUUGUUUUAUACGAUACUUAUUUUUGUUACAGAGAUUCCAACAAUCCUACAGUUUAGCUACACGGUGAAUUAUUUUUGUAGACACUUUAAUGAUGUUAAUGUUCACUGAAUUAGAAAAUAAAUAAUUUAUUUAUAUCACAAAAUUUUGUGACUUAUAUGCACUGAGUCACUCAAUCUGUCAGUAGUGACCAUAAAAUUAGAAUUAAAAUUUUUUUUAAUGCUUUUAAGUGCCUUGGCCUAAGAGUACAAUUCCAUUUUUCUUUAUCAAAAGACACUGAUAAUGGAGACAGUAUAUUUUCAACUAAUUGUUUUACCCAUUUUAAACAGUUUCAAAUUACUAUUUUUCAAAACCAUCUUUGUUAUGUAACAAAAGAACAAUUAAGUUGACAAAAAUUCAAUUUGAUUAGAAAUAUAUUUUUUAAUGGUCUAUAAUUCACUUUAUAUUAGAGAAUAAUUGUAGAGAGGAUAUUAAAUAUAAAAUUUUAUUGAAAAUACUAAUUCAAAGAAUAAAAAACUAGUGUUAAACUGUUAAUUACUUUGACCAACAAGAUCAGAUUGAAAAUAAUUCACAGAUUAAUUUCAUAAAAGGCCAGGAUUUUUGCUAGUUUCAUUAACCAUCAAACCUUUAAAACUUAAUUUCCAAAACCAGAGAGAAAACUUAACUGCCUGCUUAAUAACAAAAAAACAAGUUUUCCCUCAAUGAAAUUAAUAUAAUAAUAAAUUUGGAUAAUUUUUUUUUUACAUUAACUGUGGAUGUUGCUUUUCCCCUACCAGAUCCUGACCUAGUUUAUUUUACUCUUUGAAAUAUAAAAAUUUUGUUUCUAUUUUUUUAAAUCAAUAUUAUCUAUUAAGUUGCUUGAUGACAAAACUGUUUGUUUUUGCUCAAAUAAUUAAUAGUUACCAUUAAAAAAUUAGAUAAUAGUUUGUACCUAAGCAAUAGAUUUUAACCAAUUUUGAGAUUGUAAUUAAGACAAUAAAACAGUAUUGCAAAACAAAGUUUUUUAAUUACUUUUCCUGUCAAGCCGUCAUGGUCUGUGAAUGAUUUGCUUAAUACAAAAUAGUAAAUGAAACAUUUCUGACAGGCGAGGAGAUGUAGGUAACCAGGC